AUGUUGAAUGUACAGGGAGCGGAUUCGUUUAGAGCCCACGAAGACGCUUCGCGUCAGUUGUCGAGUGAAGUCAACGGAACUGGCAAAGACAGAGUACCCAAGGAGAGCAAUGCUUCCCCGAAUGAUCCUGCGGAAAGUGACAAUGAAUACGAGAUUCCUGAGGAAGAUGUUGAUGAGUCGGUCAAAGAGGAUAUGAGGAAGCUUGAGGAGACAUUUCCUGGAAUUUCAGAGCAAUUUCGCCUGGUCAAUCGAAUUGGAGAGGCCGAAGACCUCCUCUACGAUCGCUAUCAGAAUGACUGGGAUCUCGACAAGGAUCUUGACAAUGAUCAGUGGGAGGCUCCUCCGUCCAAAAAGCGCAGACUGGGCGAUAAUCCGGGGGAGUCGUUGUCCAGUAACCGGAAAAAGAAACCUCGAUAUGUGGCACUAAAGAAGAUUUAUGUGACGAGCAGCCCACUCCGGAUCCAAAACGAACUCGAACUAUUGCAUGAUCUUCGAGGAUGCAAGAAUGUAUGCCCGCUGAUCACGGCUUUCCGGCAUCAGGACCAAGUGGUCGCAGUUUUGCCCUUCUUUCCGCACACCGACUUUCGCAUCCAAUACCGCACGUUCAUGGUUGCUGAUAUGCGCCAUUAUUUCCGUUCUCUGUUUACAGCGUUAGCCUCAGUUCAUAAACACGGCAUCUUGCACCGGGAUAUCAAGCCUACAAAUUUUCUUUACAAUCCUGAACGUCGAGAGGGAGUCUUAGUUGAUUUUGGGCUGGCAGAGGGAUCUGAUUAUAGUGGGCCAUGUCUCUGUACCUAUCCCCCCCAUAUACGCAGACAAAAGCUGCUAGGAAGCUACUACUCUUCCCAUUCAGCGACGCAGUCAACGGGGUAUCCCAAGAACGAUUCAAGACCAUCACGACGAGCAAACCGAGCUGGCACCCGUGGGUUUCGAGCUCCAGAAGUGCUUUUCAAGUGCACUUCUCAGACAACGAAGAUAGACAUGUGGUCUGCCGGAGUGAUUCUGCUCACCUUACUCGGCAGACGCUUCCCCUUCUUCAAUUCUGCAGAUGACGUCGAUGCAAUGAUUGAAAUGGCAAGCAUUUUCGGUACUCGCCGCAUGAAGGCAGCUGCAGCAAUGCAUGGGCAGAUCUUUGAAACAAACAUCCCUACAAUUGGAGAGAAGGGUUACGGCUGGGAGAAGCUGGUGAUCUGGUCGAGUUGUGUGCAGGACCUCACCGAGAGUGAGAAACAGGCCAUUCGUCUACUUAGCGGGCUCAUGGAGUUGGACCCCACCAAGCGGCUCAGCGCCCGAGAAGCGCUGCAGCAUGAGUUCUUUACAGAUCCUAUUGAUCACGACGUGGAAUGGGGCGGUCACCCCGAAAGCAACGAUGAAGGCGGAGAGUCUUCCGGCGAUGAUGAUGAGGCAGCAGAAGGAAGGGAUGAAAUGGCCAUGCUUUGA